AUGGCCACCGUCAGCAAACUCGAGAAUAAAAACAUCUUGUUAAUCGGGGGAACCUCGGGCAUUGGUUUUGCAGUCGCCAGGCAAGCACUAGCAGAUGGCGCAAAUAUAACCAUCAGUUCCUCCUCCGAAGAGAAAGUAUCCAAUGCUGUCAAACGCCUACGAAAUAUCCACCCAACCAAAGCAUCAGCUAUCCGCAGCCAGGUCGCAGACCUCUCCAUCCGAGACCAGCUCGAGACAACCAUCGAGAGUCUCCUUAGGUUCGGUGCUGAAGCUUCGCCCAUCGAUCAUAUUGUUUUCACGGCCGGGAAUGUGCCCCCACUCGUCCCUCUAGCGGAAGCAUCUUUCGACGACGUCGAGGCUUUCUUGACAGUUCGCUUCUUUGGUGCUGUGGCGGUGGCCAAAUACGCUCCUAAAUAUAUGAACCUUAGCAAGACUUCCUCGAUUACCUUGACAUCCGGGACUCAGAGCAAGAAACCGUCUUUUUGGCUGCCGCCUGUUAUCGCUGGCGCGGUCGAAGGGUUGAUGAAAGGCCUAGCCGUGACGCUGUCGCCUUUACGCGUCAAUGCUGUUUCUCCGGGGUUUGUCCUAACGGAGCUGAUGGAUCGUCUGCCGGAGACGAUAAGAGGAGGUCUGGUUGAGAGAUCGGCACAACAAUCACUGACGCAAGACAUCGGAUACCCGGAAGACACUGCUGAGGCAUAUUUGUAUCUCAUGAAGGAUUUUUUCGUGACUGGUUCCGUUGUUACUAGCAAUGGAGGAGCCUUCCUAGUGUGA